UCUCUCGGCCAUGUACUUCUGAGUGUUCUGCUGAGGAACGAUGGGAGGUCAGCCCAGCAGAGGGAAAACCCUGCCAAGCCCAAGCUCGAGCCCCUCUGUCCAAGAACCGGGCCCUGUGCCCAUGCAAGCAGAGAGAAGCAGGGCCACAGCUGUGGCCCUGGGCAGUUUCCCAGUAGGCGAGCACACAGAGCUGUCACUGAGACCGGGGGAUCCACUGACCAUCAUCUCUGAAGAUGGAGACUGGUGGACGGUGAUGUCAGAAGUUUCAGGCACAGAAUACAGCAUCCCCAGCAGUCAUGUGGCCAAAAUCUCCCAUGGGUGGCUGUAUGAGGGCCUGAGCCGGGAGAAAGCUGAAGAACUGCUGUUGCUGCCUGGAAACUCUGGAGGGGCCUUCCUCAUCCGGGAGAGCCAGACCAGGAAAGGUUGUUACUCCCUGUCAGUCCGCCUUAGCCGCCCUGCAUCGUGGGACCGGAUCAGACACUACAGGAUCCAGUGCCUUGAUAAUGGCUGGCUGUACAUCUCACCACGCCUCACCUUCCCUUCACUCCAGGCCCUCGUGGAUCACUAUUCUGAGUUGGCGGAUGACAUCUGCUGCCUCCUCAAGGAACCCUGUGCCCUGCGGAGGGCUGGCCCGCUCCCUGGCAAGUCCCUACCCCUACCUGUGACUGUGCAGAGGGCACCACUCAAUUGGAAAGAGCUGGACAGCUCCCUCCUGUUCUCUGAAGCACCUGCCUUAGGGGAGUCCCCUCUCCUCAGCGAGGGGCUCCGGGAGGCCAUCAGCUCCUACAUCAGCCUGAGUGAUGACAGCUCCUUGGAUGAUGCCAUGGCCCAAAGCAGAGGCCAAAAGGGAAUCCAACGCUGCAGCACCUAGACCCCCAGCUCAGCUCAGCCUAAGCACUCCAGAGGCAAAUUCAGGGUCCCACUUGUAUCCUCUGCUCCUUCCUGUCUCAGCCCCAAGAAGUCACUUAACCCUCUCCCAAUGCCAUGAACCCACCUGCAACCUCUAGUUCAAGUACAGACCAGCUGAAAACAGGGACAGGGCUCCAAAGAGACUAGGCCUCUGGGGUUUGACACAAUUUGACCUGAGUUUGGGAUUUCCAGAACCAUCUUCCUCCCCUGCCUAUUGAGUCCCCUUCUACACCCCCACAGUUCCACCCACUAGGUAGAAACCACCACUAGCAUCAAGAAGGAAAAAAAAAAAACAUUUAAAGAGAAUCUACAAGUCUCACUCAGAAAACCAUACUUCAGAAGGUAGGACUGUGGCCUAGAAGACAGGAAAGCAGAGGGAUGGAUGUCUUCCCACAGCAACAGAACCGGAAUGUCCAGCCUCCACCUGGCCCCCCAGAGCAAAGGGGACCUCUGACAGUCCAGGUCUCAAACAGCCCCAUCAAACCUUUUCUCUGGACAGUCCUAGCUCCAAGAUCUCUAUUUCAUUUUGUGGCUUAUCAUUUGAAUCUGCUAAGCUUUCCUGGCUACAGUGGCCUUGCUAUCUUGUGGCCAAACACAAAAUGGCACCUUCUGGGUCUAGCACACUGCGGUGGUCAGUCACGUCUCUCAGUACCGGGCAGGGGCAUCAGAAGUCAGUAAGGCCACAGCCUACACCAACUCUAGCCCUUGAUUUCCCUGCUGCCCAUUAAGGAAGACAGGCCUGGCUGGAGCUACUACAGGAGCAGGGAGAGGAGGAAGAGGGAUGAGGAUGGAGGGUAGGGUUCUGAGGCUAGAGGUGAUGUGGGAAAGGCUUUCAUAGGUAUCAUCAACAGGUUCUCAAUUAAAGAUUUGAUUUAUUCAAGUACCCGAAAACGUUCUACAAGGAAAACUUAUUAGAUGCUGCUUGUACUGUGCUAUGGACCACGCACAUA